AUGUCGCUUGUCCGCGCCUUUCUCCUCCUGCAGCACCAGUAUUCCUCGGUCUAUUUCGAGCUCUCUGGUUUCAUCUACUACCGAUGCUUCGUUUCGAAUCCCUUCCACAAGACGUUCUCUGUAUUACCGCCAACGCUGUGCCUUCUCUGCAUCAACUGCUCGACCGGGCGUCAAAGUCGUACAGAAUCCGAGGGUAGACGAGGAAGGGAAGGCGUUGAUGAUCAAUAUCUCCUCUCGGGCAGCAGAGGAUACCAUCUGCCGUGGCUUCCUCGGGAUUUACAUAUCAGUACUUUAUUGGGAGGAGGAGAGCUGCGUCACCAAGGUAUAAGCCUUGUUGAACACAAUCCUAGCACAUACGACCAUAGGGUGUGGAAAACAGGGCUUCCCGUCCGCUCAGCCGUACUUAAGCCACACGCCGGCCGGUUAGUAGUUGGGUGGCGUCUUCGAGAAAUCACGGAUCCAUCCUCUUCCCAGUUAGCAACAAAGGAGGAGAAUCCAUACCACCAUCUUCGGAUCACUGUGACUAGCGGAGGGUGUCACGGCUUCCAGUACCUCAUGUCUCUUGAGGCAGCCUCGAAGAUAGACCCCGAGGAAGACACGGUAUUCGAAGCGGAACCCGAACAAGGCACGACCUCGGGGGCCGGCGAAGCAAAGGUGGUCAUGGAUGAACCGUCUUUGGAGCUCUUAUCGGGGAGCACAGUCGACUAUACUAUGGAGCUGAUUGGCAGUCAAUUCAAGAUUGUUGAUAACCCGCGAGCAACGAGCAACUGCGGUUGCGGAACGAGUUUCGAUGUGAAGGAUUGA